AUGCAGACAACUGAACCACAACGACAAACAAUUAAGGGCCCAACGACACACUUCCCACGCACCUACCUGGACGAGAUUAUGGAAGAUGGGCAUUCGGGAUACACCCAUCCUGACAGCGAAGAACUAGAGCGCUUAAUGACAGCGUGGUCACCAGCGACUGAUGCUAACGCUUUAUUGAGAUCAACCUCCCAGUGGAUCGUGGAGAUCUUAGAAUGGGGAAACAUCUCUAACUCCAUACAGGUUCACCGCCCUCUACCUACCGCGAACAUUCAUCGCGAGAAGCUCCACUGCGCUCGAGCCCUCACCACCAGCACGCAACGCCUGGUGAUCGAAGAGCGCAUACUCUUCGCCGAAAUAUGCGAGUAA